AUGGCUAUUGCGCUUGCUUCGCUUUCCAAUUUGGACUGGGACCUCUUGGAGAGACUCUUAGACUUGCAGGCAGAGUCCGCAGCCCAGAGAGUGGAAAUUUCCCGCUUACACGGGAGAAUCAGCCGCUUGGAAGCGGAAUUGCAGCGGGGGCACAACUGGUUACUGUUCCUGGCUGACAGGCUUUCCGCUUUGGAAGAGAAAACUCAGCGGCUUAUCGUCCGCAUUCGAUCUUUGAUCUCCAUUUUUAAAGACACUCUGGGCGAGACGGGCGAUCCCUAUCAGGAGCUGGACCCAUUUUUCAGAAGCGAAGUCAGCGAACCGCCACGUGAGCGGCGAGGUACCAGCUCCCGCUUUGCUGCCCAUGGAGGACUCACCGGGCUCUUCAGGAGCUACCAGUUCCUGGCUUUUUGCAGCGGCCCCGGAUACCAAUUUGCUUUCCGCGCCGAACAGACUGUGGAUGCCGCACAGCCCAAACCAGCGGCUAGGACUGAAGCUUUGCCGAUGCCAGCUUUCUUGAAAUCCAGCAACUACGCCAAGUAUCCUAGUCAGCUUUCGGUGGGGUCCAUAGAGGCAUCCCUGCAGUGUCCCACGCCCUCUCCAGCCCCCACCCAGGUCGAGCCUCCGGCAGUCCGCUCGACUAAGGUUGCACCUUUCAGGGCACCCCGCUGUGCAACCAAGGAGGCCAGCUUUGUCCGCUCACUCGACAAUCAUUCCGAGGUGGCAGAGCGCAACCGGUUGCUGUUUACUCAGCUUUGUGAGAUGCACUCGCAAAUCAGCCCGGUACUUCAACAGAUAGCUUCCAGCAGCCACGGCGAUGCCCUUCGGAGUAAGCUUUUGGUCAAGGUAAGCGACACUACAGCUGCCCGCUAUCUCAGAUCAGUGCAGAUUUUCUUCACCACCUUUGAGGAGCUUGGAGGGGACCUUCGCUUUAUCGAUGCAGGACUCUGUCUGGAUGCAUUCUUUUCGUUGUCCCGCUGUCCAGAAGAAGGUCCACUUUCCAACUCACAGAACGUGAUGAAGGCCCUGAGAUGGUACCGCAAGCUGCUUGAUCUCACGCCAUUCCCGGACCUCUACAGCCCCGCUUUCGCUUCUCUGAUACAGCCAAUAUCCGGGGAGAAGAGAGAGAGUCUACCGCUUCCUUUGUCGUUCCACGCUUUUUUGGAGCGGAAAGUGCUCUGCGGAGACACCCCGCUUGAUGAGGCGGUCUGGGCGGGCAGUUUCCUGGCCUGCGUAGGCGCCAGCUUGCGCUUUUCAGAUGCGCAGCACGUCAGCUGGAGCUCGCUUUGCGUCAGUGAGUUCACACUUCGGGGCAUAUGUUACCGUACCAAGACCACGAGACGUGGGGCCCCCUUCGCAAGCCUCGGCUUUGGUACCCACUCUUCGUCUCAAGCUUUCGGAUCUAACUGGUUGGGGGCAUGGAUCCUCCGCUUGGAUGCUGUUUGGCAGGAUUUGCGCAUCCGCUUUGGUGACAAGGUAGUGCCUGACUGCUUUUUCUUCACGACAGGCAAAGCAGGCUUUAGUCCAGCAUCCUACGCACAGACCCUGCUUCGCUUGCGCAACUUUCUUCAGGAGUCAGGCCUUACAAAGGAGCAGGCCAGCUGUUACACACUUCACAGCCUGAAGGUUACUAUGCUCUCAUGGAUGGCUCAGCUGGAUCUCCCGCUUUCUGCCAGGUUUCUCCUGGACAUCCCGCUCCUCGCUCAGGGGAAGAACAACAUCACGGAUGUCUCUGCCUGUGGCUCGCUUACUUCGGUGGAUGCGACACAAGAGCGCCCCAAGCCGCUUCGCAGGGCACCUCACUUCGAGGACUCGGACGGCGAGAAGUUCUUGACGCUUUUGGAGGGUAGCGCAAACCGGCACCCACCAGCUGCCAAGGCUAGCUCCUCCGCUUCGACGGCACCUCCGGCUCCGGUGGCGAGCCCAAGUCAGACCCCGCCAGAGUUCCAGGACUCGGUGGCACAGGAGGACUAUGGGCAACCCACUUUAGCGGCACCUGCGCCUCCCAAACAAGCCACCUCCCCGCCCGCGCAGCUGCCCGCUAAGGCCACUGGCAGCAAUCAGCCCCCAGGCACUGCCACGGCAAAGAAGGCAGAGCAGCCUCCACAGAAGCAGCCNNAGCCACCGGGGGCGCCAGCACCAGCUUCGGCCUCCCAAGUUUCCGGCCCGCCCAAAAAAGGGGCUGCCAAGGAGAAGGCUCCUCCCCCUCCUUUGGUCAUUGAUGAUGACGACACGGCCCCAGCUCCUCAGAACCACAAGGCGCUGGAGGAGAACCCAAUCGUGCCCCGCUUUUGGCCGCUGAUGCUCCUGCUUCCAGAGUGGGGUCAGUCAUCAAUGCCACCUUCCCCGACAGGUCCAACAGCUUCCACCAACAGCAUCGAUGCCGAGACUGCAAAAGGGCCGAAGGAAGAGCUCGCGCUUCCCAGGCUCAUAUUUCCAUCUCUCGUUUCUUCGCUCCUUCGCUCACACGCGCUACUCACUCAGGUCAACAUGUCGACGGAGUUUUUCUCACUUAUGGUGGAGUCAAGCAUCCCCGACAAUAUCCGUGAAGCUCUUGCACAGUAUGAUGCUCCCCUCUUUGCUAGGUCCUGCAACAACCAGGAGGAGCUGGCGGCACUCAUCAACCACCUCAUGGAGGCCUCAGGCACCUCAGCUUUGGGGGACCAGAUUCUCGCCAGGGCAUCCAUCCGCUUGCUUUUCAGCAAGUGCCGAGUGAGCUGUGAACUUCCCCCACUUGACGAGUCGAGGAAUCCAGCUCAGCCGUCAGCACCAUCAGUCAGUGCCCCAGCUCCGCCCUCGGCCAACACGGGCACUACCUGGCAGGAAGCAUGGCCAGCCAAACUCAGCGCAGAGCGCACCGCUGAGCUCCGCAAACGCUUUGAAGACGACUAUCCCACUGAGCUGCUGGAUAGUGACUGCUUCCCCAGCGCCCGCUUGCUGGCCCUUACAUCCAAAAUGGUUUCUGACAAGGAAAUAAGAUGGCUUCCCUGGAAAUUCCGCUUGAGCGCCAAGGCCCAGGACGAUAAUCUUUUGAUUCGUCCGAAGAAACUCCCCCGCUUGACAGAGUUGAGUGAUCUGCUUUUGGACGAAGCCCCAUCGCGGGACAUACAUGAUGGCCCAGCUUCAUUCAAUCUCAUUAAUCAGCUCCUCACACUGGCUACGAACAGCAUAGCACUCUGUCGGGGGGCUCAUUUGGGCUCGCUCAAGCUCUACCAGAAGAAGUUCUUGAAACUAUGCUUUGUCAGGUAUGAGUCAGCCUCCAACUUGCGUGGGCCCACUUCGCUUGAAGCACAGGCUGCAGACAAGCGUGCCUGGGAGCUGAUCUCAGAGCUUGUGAACGUUCAUGCUUGGAAGUUGGAUGAUGCCCUUCACGAGGUCACCCAGGUACGCGCAGACCUAAGCACGCUCCUUGCGCCGCGGGCACAUGUACCCAAGCAUCUCUUCCAGCUUAAAGAAACGUGGAAGCCUCGUCACGAUGGCAAAGGCAACCGUCCCAACUUUCGAGGCAGCGGCAAGAAUGGCAAGGGCAAGGGCGAUCAACAGUCGCAGCACGAGGACGCUCCUGAUCGGUCCGCGCGAGGGGGCAAGGGCAAGAAAGGCCCUGGUUCUAGCCCCGGCAAGUGGCUGUCCACCCUCUUCAUGGAGGGCAAGCAACACACGCUUUGCAUGCGCUACCAGCAGGGUCAGUGUAAAGAUCCCUCCACUUGCCGCUAUCUUCACAGGUGUGCAGUUCCCAAACCUGAUGGAUCGGCGUGCGGAGGCAAACACCCGGCCUCCCAGCACGUCAGCACGCCGCACUAG